AUGUUUACAACAAUGCUGGAGAUAUUCCCAAUUCUAGCCAUACUUACAGGCCACAUCAGCGGUGUUGUGGUGACCAUCCCUGAGAAGACUGUGAACGUCACCACAGGUGGAAAUGCAACCCUCCUCUGUACAUACACAAGUUCUGGACCGCUGGGAAAUUUCUUUAUUCAGUGGAGCUUUUACAGUGCCAAAGAGAGCCAACUGCAUACCCAUUCCCCGUGUCAUGGUAUUCUGAGUAUGGAUGACAAGUCAGUCAGUCAAUGUCAAAAGAUGGUGUAUGUGACAGAUGCACGGGGAAGAUGUAGCUGGAGACACAAGAUCUAUUAUUAUUCAGGAGGCCAGUCUUACACCUACGGAGAGUUUAAGAACAGGAUAACAGCUGCAACAGGUCCAGGGAAUGCAUCGAUAACAAUCUCCAACAUGCAGCCCUCAGACACUGGCUCCUACACCUGUGAAGUUUUCAGUCCACAGGGUGACGCUGGCCAGAGUCAAAAAUCGGUGAUUGUCAACGUGCUGGUCAAACCAUCAAACCCUUUCUGCAAAGUAGAAGGAAUGCCUGAAAAGGGCCAUCUGAUCUCCCUGCUAUGCAAAUGUGAUGAAGGAUUGCCUCACCCUACCUACCACUGGUACAGAGUUGAUGAGAAUACCCUCAAGCCUGUGACUGAACAAUUCAAUCCAAACACUGGUGUUCUUUACAUUGGCAACCUCACCACCUUUGAAACUGGGUAUUACCGGUGCAUAGCCAGCAACCUCCUGGGGAACAGUACCUGUGAGCUUGACCUAACUGCAAAGCAUUCAGAUAGUGGUAUUGUUGUUGGAUCAAUAAUUGGAGCAGUUUUGGCAGCUGCUAUCAUUUGCAUUGUUGUCUGGGUCUUAACCAAGAAGGCAAAGAAUAAGAAGUCAUCAAGUAAUGAUAUGCAAGAAAUGGCUCAGAAACAAUCCAAUGCAGAAUAUGUUCAGGUACCUAAUGAAGAAAACAUUCCAGCAACCACAGUUCCAUCAAGCAAUGCGACAAAUGAAUACCCCAGUGUUGAUGAAACAGCAGCCUCUGGAACACCUGAAAAUGAUGAGAAGCAAGAAAUGGAAAAAGAAGAAAUAGCCUAG